AUGAACAGUCAAGACCCAGCUACUAGAAAUAUCCACCAGGGAUAUUUUAAGUCGUGUCCAAAGCUAGCAAGCCCGCUUCGCCUGUUUACCGAACGGAUCAUCAAAGAACCAGCUACAAGAAAGAAGGACUCAGGCGGUCCUCGAUUUCAAACCAGGCUUCCCUUUAUCGUAUUAUUGGCUCUUGGCUGCUCUGAUAGGACUCAGGCGGUCCUCGAUUUCCAACCACGCUUCCCUUUAUUGUACUAUCGGCUCUUGGCUGCUCUGAUAGGACUGAGGCUACCCAAUCCACAUUCCAUUCCGUUCUGUCAAGGCCAGUCAAUGCCUCCUGAUCGGACGCCGCCCAGCCCUCGCUCUUCUAAUGGGCCUUAUGACCGACCAACAAGUACCAAAGGACAGCUUCCAGAACAUCUUGUCCCCAAGAAGCCCGGCCAUCAAUACAGCAAUAACUGCAUACUUGGCUCAAAAGUCAAUCAACACCUUCGGCAAAUGCUUCGAGGUAUUGAACCUGAAGUUAUUGAUUACGACCUCGCAGUGGCCUAUUUCUUAUUUGAAACUAGCCAUCUACCUCUUCCCGAUAUACCCGGAUCGGUCGACAUCAUUAUCGAGGACUAUCAUAUUCUUCGCGCCCUUACCAGCAGACAGCAUGACCUUCUAACCUGCGCAAAACACAUCAGAUACACGAUUGACCUUCACCUGGCUAACCCUGGCCCCAUUCAGCCCUUUGCCCUGCGAUAUCCCAACAGCAAUGCGCUCAACAGGCUCACCAUCGAGCGGUCAAAAGCCCUGCGCCCUCUUGCAUCCGAUCGAUCUCAUGUGCUUGUAGACUUGGCCGGCCGAUUGUUGGCAAUCAAUCUCAUCCCAGGUAAAAACCUCGAUCCUAAAGCCAAUGAUGACAAAGACGGAGACUGUAGUAACACAGAUGAUCCUUUACCUGAGUCGCGAGUUCUCAACGCUCUCGAAGGCGCGGCCGAGGUUCAUAGCCUUCCACGCUACAAUGGUCGUCUGGGUGAUCAUCUCAUUAACCCUAGCGCUUCAGCUUCUUCAUCAAAUCAUCUUGGUUCAGCUUCCGCUCAACCCCGUCUAUUCAAAGGCAACAAUCAACCCGUCCAGUAUCCUGGCGCCAUCAAUGGUUCAUUGCCAUACGAGGCUUUUGGAUAUGGAUUGGGAUCGCGCAAUGUCAAAGCUGACACCCAAAUGAAGUUGGGAUUUGAUCGACAAGGAUGGACCCUUGAUGACUGUGGAACACGACCCACGUCUGGCCGCUAUCUGCCACUGGUGAUGGGAAUGGGUGAGCAAAAUGUUUGGAAACGGGUAGAAAAUGCACGACUGCUUCAAGAAUUUCAUUGGCCCUAUGAAGUAUCAAGGGCGCUCAAUGCAGCUGUGCAACCAGAAACGUACAAGGUAGCCGAAAAAGUUGUACGAUUUAUUCAAGAAAACUCUAGUGCUCUCCUCUCAUCCCGGAUCAAAUCUUUGGCAAACAAGGUUGUCCAAGGUCAACAAAUCAACUACAACACUCAAGUUGCACCCCAUCGAGAUGGCAAGAACUCAAACCUUCUGGAUUCGGUUUUCAUCUAUGGCCGGAACUUCACCGGCGGCCGCUUUAUCUUCACUUCACUCGGAGUCAGUGUUUGUGCAGAUCCAGGUUACUCCAUUCAUGGCCGGUUUAAACUGCUUGAACAUACAGUCAGUCCAAUUCUACCAGGCCCCGAUCUCCGUUCGCCACCUCUCCGGGUCUCUCUCGCUUUAUACUCUCAUGCCGACGUCUAUGCAGGGCCAGCUAGAGUUUCGGCGGCUCGUACUGAUUUUUUAUUGGCUCAAAAAGGAGGAAAAUUGGUGGAGGAAGAAGUUUAA